AUGUCUGCCCCACAAAUCCCAACUACCCAGAAAGGUGUUAUUUUCUACGAGAGCGGCGGUGAGCUUCAAUACAAGGACAUCCCAGUCCCAAAGCCAAAGUCCAACGAGCUUUUGAUCAACGUCAAGUACUCCGGUGUGUGCCACACCGACUUGCACGCCUGGAAGGGUGACUGGCCUUUGCCUGCCAAGUUGCCUUUGGUCGGUGGUCACGAGGGUGCCGGUGUCGUUGUCGCCAUGGGUGAGAACGUGAAAAACUGGAAAAUCGGUGACUACGCCGGUAUCAAAUGGUUGAACGGAUCCUGCAUGAACUGUGAGUUCUGUGAAUUGUCCAACGAAUCCAACUGUGCCCAGGCCGAUCUUUCCGGUUACACCCACGACGGUUCUUUCCAACAGUACGCUACCGCUGACGCCGUCCAAGCUGCCAAGAUCCCAGCCGGUACCGACCUUUCCCAAGUUGCUCCAAUUCUAUGUGCCGGUGUCACUGUGUACAAGGCUUUGAAGUCCGCCAACUUGAAGGCCGGCCAAUGGGUCUGUAUCUCCGGUGCCUGUGGUGGUCUGGGUUCUCUGUGCAUCCAAUACGCCACUGCCAUGGGUUACCGUGUCGUUGGUAUCGACGGUGGUGCCGAAAAGGCCAAGAUGUUCAAGGAGUUGGGUGGUGAAGUCUUCAUCGAUUUCACCAAAACCAAGGACAUCGUUGCUGAGGUCCUCAAGGUUACCAACGGUGGUGCUCACGGUACCAUCAACGUUUCCGUCUCCGAGGCCGCCAUUUCCGCCUCUACCGAAUACUGCAGACCUAACGGUACCGUUGUCUUGGUCGGUAUGCCAAGUGGUGCCCAAUGUAAGUCUGACGUUUUCAACCACGUUGUCAAGUCUAUCAGCAUCGUUGGUUCUUACGUCGGUAACAGAGCUGACACCAGAGAAGCGCUAGACUUCUUCUCCAGAGGUCUUGUCAAGUCCCCAAUCAAGAUUGCGCCUUUGUCCGACUUGCCAGAAAUCUUCGACAUGAUGCUAAAGGGUCAAAUCGUCGGCAGAUACGUUGUUGACACUUCCAAAUAA